AUGUCAUUUAACCAGAAAACAGUUCCUAAUAAUGAUUCUCCUGUAAGUUCUCCAAUUAACGAUAUCUCUACCGAUUCGGAAAACUUUUUGAGCGCCCUUAAUGAAAUUUCCAAUUCUCGAUCUGUUCCCCAUGUCUCUAUGCUAUGGAAGCUAUUAUUUGAGCUUCAGAAGAUUUCAAAAUUUAACAAUAAGUCUGAAAAGUUUUUUUCUACAUACGGGGAACAAUUUCAAAGUUCCAAAUCACCGCAACCGUUAUCGAAAGCUUCCCCAAUUUCAAAUCAUCAGUCUUCUGAGUCCCCUAAAGUGGAUGAAGAAAAAGAGGAAAAGCGGAAGUUUUCCUCAGCGUUCGAUCCUCAGGAUGAUGCAUUGGCGUCAAAAAAGCUUAAGGGUUUACCUGCAGAUGAUACAGUUGAUACAGUUGAUACAGUUGAUAAACCUGUAACAAAAGAAAACCCCGAGGAGCAGCCUGUAGAAAUCGUUCGCGAAAACAUAGACCUUCCUGUGAAAAGCAAGGAUGAUCAAACAGGAGCUUGUUAUAAAUCUGCAAAUGAACUCGCAACAGGAUCUCUUAUAUCUUUUAUUGUUGAUGACCGCAUGACUUAUGAAGAAAAAAAGGAUUUGCUAUGUGUUUCCUCUUUUCCUAAAAAGGAUGUACGAUGUUUAGUUGCCGGUACCCCAGUUACAGAGGACUUUUCCAAUAGUAAACCAAACAACCAAAUCUCGAUAUCUACAUUUUAUUCCUUUUUAGAACCUUAUUUCCGAAGCUUGGAUGAUGACGAUGUUAAUUUUUUGAAAGAAACUUCGGAUGUUUCAAAAAGUUAUCAGAAUCCGCCUUUGGGAGAAAGGUUUCCUGAAAUCCCCCAGGAAGAUGAUAUCAGUAAUCUUUGCUCUGCUUCCAUUUACCAAAGCCUUAAAACCAUGCCUCAUGGCUCUAUCGAAUUGCUUCAGGAAAUUGAUACAGCAGGUGAAGAUAUCAGCUGCGGACCUUUAACUGAAAGGUUGAUUGCAUCGCUACUCCCUGAUGAUGUAUCAAAUCAAAAUAAAAUGAAUCCAAUGGUAAAUGGAAAUGAUCAUGCUAAUGAUUCUCACGUGAAAAAGGAGGGUCUAGAGGAUAUUGAAAAUGAAAAAGAGGAACUAAAUGGUAUGAACAAUGAAUUAUCAAUUCUUUGCGAAUCAGACUUUUCGUUUUAUGAAGAAAGGUUGCGGAACCGACUUCGUUCUUUUGGUGUUAUAUACGAUGAUGAUAUUGAUUGGACAAAAAGGCAAGACGACCAAAUAUCUGAAACGUUGAGAUCACUACAGUUCCGCCUGAAAAAGGUUGAAGAAGAAAAUCAACAGAGAAAGCAAAAGAUUAUAGAGAUUUUGCCUGAAGAAAUGGCCUUUCAAGAAUUUUCAGCCGUGUUAGACGACUUGGACAAACAGAUUGAGAACGCAUAUAUGAAACGAAACAGAACUUUGAAGGUUAAGAAGAAGAGAAUCGUUAAUGAAAAGAUAAAUGCUUCUGCAACAAGUUCUUAUGCUACUAUUAAAUCAUUAAUGGACAAACGAUCUUUAUGGUUAGAGAAAUUACAGCCCUUGUUCUAUAAACGACUACAGAGUGAUUGUCUUCGGCCACCAAAUUCUCUAUUCGGAAGUCCAGGUGACGAAAUCACAAAUACCUCUCCUUUUGGCAGGACGAAUCUAUUAGACAAUGUAGACUACAACCAUACUUCUGGUGUUUGA